UUCCCGCCACUCUCGCCGCCGCUGCUGCUCCCUCCGGCGUUCGUUGCAAACUGGAAAGGUGCCGCACACCUGUGGACUUCCUCUUCGUAACGCGAGCCAGCCGCAGCGAACUGUGCGGCUUCGUUAUAUUUGUCGCCGCCGUCAGACUAAACGCUCAUCAGACAGCUCGAUCACCGCGCACUGGUGUGUGCGCUCGUGUGCCUUGGGAUGACACAGCCGCCGACGUCGGUACCAUCGCGGUGCCGUCGUUGCACGGCGGUCAACGCCGGCUGCUGGUGCGCGGUAGCCACCGCCGGUGCUCGUUCCUCUUCCUGAAGAGUUCGGCAGCCCCCGCGGCGCGCAGCGGUCCGUCGCGGUGGGAAAAGGCGAGAUGCGGCCGUGGUGGGGCCAUCGCGAAGGCCAUCGUCGCAGCCAAAGGAUGUGCGGAGCCCUGAAACGACGACGAUCUCGUGCUGUUUGUUGUGCGUGAUGUGCGAAACGCGCCGACGACUACUGCCACUACGCGGGGCUCGGGAAAUGUAGGCCGCCACCUCCUACCACCGACGCAGCACCUAUACGACCCAGCGUCACGUUUGUCGCGUGAUUUUUUUUUUUCUAAGUGCCGUGUAUUGAUGGUUCCGUCAGCGGAUCGGCUACGCCCUUUGAAAGUAUGGCCAUUGUGAAUUCAUUCGGAUGCUGCGAGCUCUUCACUGCCGGCGUCUGCAUCGGCGUUUACACCAUGAUUGUCUACCUGGGCGCCUUCAUAAUGGAGCUGUGGUGGAUAAUAGAGAACAACGUUCAGCUGCCCGUCCCAGCGUACGUGCUGGCCGCCGGCUACUUCUCCAUCUUCCUGGUCUCCCUGUUCCUGCUGGCGGGUCUUUUCCUGAGGAAAUCGAAUUACCUGCUGGGUUGGCUCUUCGUGUCCGUGCUCUUCUUCUUCCCCGAGUGUGGACUGGCUCUCUUCAUGAGUCUACAGUACUGGAAACUGGACAGCAAAGGGAUCGCGGAGCUGGCCUUCUACAUCGCUCGUGCAGUGAUGAACGUGGUGUGCAUCGUGUGCAUCCAGUCGCUGUACACCCAGUGGAAGCAGGAGAAAGCCGUCAUGCGCCGCCUGCAGAACCUGAACGUCACCUCAUACCGGGACCUGGCGCCCAGCAAGAGCAACGGCUCGGCGGGCCCCAGCGGCUCCGCGAGCAACGGCGUGGCCAGCGGCAGUGCCAGCCCGGGCGUCCAUCGCGCCAACUGGCAACGCCGGCGGAGGCUCCCUGUCCUCGAGGUCUCGGUACGUGACGGCCGCCGACAGCGAGCCCACGUACAUCGUGGCCCACAACUCGGCCCUGAAGCGGAGCACCUCGUCCGUGUCCGGGCUCAUGGUGCGCGCCGUGGGCGGCGGGGGACACCACCAGCAGGGCGUCUACAACGCCGCCUUCAACGGGAGCCUCAACGGCUGCGUGCUGGGACCGUCGGGCGUCGACUUCUACGCGCCCAACCCGGCCCUGUGGGCCGGCCCGAGUCCCAGGUCCGAGUUCGACGCCUCCUCGUUCGCCGACCUCGUUGCUCGCGGCGGUGGAGGCGGAGGACUUCUCAACGGUUACCGCAGCAUGUCGCGCUCCACGUCGGAGUUGAACCGCGGAGAACCGUGGACGUCGAAUGGUUCCGCCGGUGCCGUCGCCGUUUCGCGUGCGCCGCUCCAUAGUUCGGGCCCCGUGGAGUACGCGACGCAGAGCCUGGACCGCCCCAAGUUCCGGCGCCAGGGUGGUCGCAACAAUCGCUGGGAGGUGCUGGACGUGCGGGGCUUCGGGGACGUCACGCUGGAGCGACUCCCCGAGAGGCCCUUCCAGUACCUCAACAGGCCGGGCUCCGUGGUGCGCGGCAACGAGUCGGACACCAGCUCCAGUCACAGCAUUAGGGACAUUGCGCUGUGAUCUAGAGGACGGUGGGGACGCCGACUGACCGAUGACCGUUUGGUAGGCUAGAGGACCGCGUGCAUGACGUGUGUGCUUUUAGCGACGCCAUUGCUACUUGUCGCGCGUGUUGAUCUUCGUUGAACCCGAAGAUUUGCGGCUGCACGGGAGCUCGGCUUGUGCUGUCACAUCGGAGAAGAAGAAGAAGGAAAAAGAAAAGAAACUGUGAUGCGCACGGUGCUGCUUAUCUGUGUGGCAGCUCUUUCGCGUGCAGCGCCUCACUGUCAAGAAGCGUAGCCAUCAAAAGCGAACUGUGCACGUGCAAUCGACAAGUGUUAGGCAUGUCGUAACUUCCGCAAAGUGUACCAGUUUCGGAGUACGUAUACGGUGAGCUUAUUCGAGUCAUUGUUGCAGAUGAUAUGAAUGGAAGCAACACGUAUGCCCUUCCACUUUCCAUGCUGUCAUUUUGGAAAUGUCGAGAGAUGUCUUGCAAAUAAUUCGUCGGUAUGAAGUCGUUACGGAGUUAAGUCGCCCCCUCGACCACUCUAGAAACGUCACCUUCGGUCGGCUUCUACCAGCCGUGGGGCAGUGGCGCUCACUGCAGAAAGCUUGACCCCCACGUUACGACACACUGAACUAAGACUGCAUGUUGUUUCAAGUCUCUGCUUUCAUCUAUGCGGAUUACGUUGGCAUAGAAAUUUUAUUCACAGAGAAACGCUUGGAACGAAAUAUAGGAAACAAAGAACAACAAAAAAGAUCGUAUUUACUUGAUGAAGACGUUUCUCACUUCAUGCCAAAAAUAUACAAUUCCGUCACGGAAUAUAAAGUCGUCCAGGCAGAGUUGCCACCGAGGCUCGUCGCAAUAGACUUUGCCAAGGUCCAGUGGCGCAGCUAUGAUGUAAUACCUUGCCGAAACGAGAAAGAGAAUUAAAUAAAGCUAUUUUUGAUAUCCGCUGCAUUAUUACGUGGCUUUUAAGCAAGCAACCACCAAGUGCAAUUUGUGGGUUAACCACUGCCGCUUUCGAAGAUGUACAGAUAUAUCUCAACAUGCAGUUUCGCAAUCGCUGUCAGCCUUACGCGUCCAUUACUCUACAAUAGACGCUUGCCAAGAGGACAACGGGGUGUUUUAGAAAUAGCGUCCCCAGGCGGUGCCGCGUAUUCCGAAACUUCAAAAGCCAACAGCUUAUUUAUAGCCCUUUCGCUUUUCUUUCGUAGCCGUGACCAAUAUCGUCCCCCAAGUUAUACGGUCCAACAUCGGCGCAAACAACGCGCACCCGCUACAACGCGAUAUCAUCCAUGCCCAUUUUCUCAAGUACCUGCGUAUUGAUUAUUGCAUUUUACAAGUUAAGACGACCUGAACGCGUACCUUUUUGUUUCAGAAAUUGUAUUUUUUCAGCAAAUUGUCCUAAGUAAACUACCAGAAGUUGGCUAUAUUCAAAAUCUUCCCAGAGCUCUUUAUCGAGGAAGGACAUGUCGUGGCGACUGGAGGCAUUGCAUGUUUCGCCACGCGUCGGGCAACACUUCUCCAGAAAAUUAUUGCAGGUAACCUUGAGCAAUGUCAUCGAUAUUUCUGCCUUCGUAAUGCCAGGACAGCACGGCACAAUAGUGUGAAAAUAGGUAUUGCUCCUUAGAUGUGCUACAGUAAUUAUGCUAAUUAAUUAAUUUAUUUCAAAUACAUACAUUUUAGUCUCGUGAGGAGGCUUGACAAGCGAUAAACAAACGCCAAAAUAUUUGCGCCAGGACCGUUUUGGAAGCUGCCCGAUGCGCACAGACGUCGUGCGUGGUUUCAUUGUUUUUUUUUCAUCGCGCCUUCUCAUGUCUGUAGUUAAUUAACUGAAAAGUUCUGCGUUGUUGUAUUCCAGCUGCAGGAGCCAAAGAGUUAAAUAGCAAGUUUACGUUUACGCAUAGCCUAUAUACUACCCCCCAAAUGUUACAGCUCGAAAAUAUACUGAGCAUUCCGUGACAAAAAAAAAAAAAGAAAGAAAACGGAAGCUGCGUCUUUAUUUCCUCUUAUAGUAGUCGAAAAUAAAGAAAAACUUUUGAAGGCACUUUUUGUUAUAGACCUCUUAACGCCCCUUCCCAUGAAGUGAUCGCCAUUAAAGCAACCCAACGUCUUGUGUAGAUAUACUUCUUGCCUUUUGUACAUAUCACUAUAACGCUGUCAUUUGCCUGGAUCUGUUCGUGACGGGACGAUGUUGCGAGCAUUUUAAUUUUAACCAUGUGCGUGUGUGCGUGUGUGCCAAUGACACGAUAUGUGUAUGUACGCGAUGGGGCGUGUGUGAAUGUGCACACGUUCAAGCUAGUAAGCCAACUUUGUUUUGUCUAUUUGUCACAUUUCAUUCGAUCGUCUCCCCUUCCCCAUUUGACUGCUGUCUGUUUGCUGCACUUCUGACACAUAUGACAUUUUCUUUACAUUGUUUUCCCUUCGAUGUGAAGCUCUUUUGAGAGUGCACGCCCGUGAACAGUUAUCACGUUUUUGUGCAACACAAUUACUUAUUGUGGUUAGCGGAGUUGUUCUUUGAUUAGUUGAUUCAUACUUAAAGUGAUGUCCGUACCGUAAAGACAGCAAGGAAGGUAACAUAAUUAGCCCUCUUAUAAUAAGUAAAUGAAGCAAAGGCGCAUCACACAAAUCCCCCCCCCCUUCAAACCCCAUGCUCAUUUUCCUGUUUUAUCAAUGUACUGCUCUACUCAACUGAAGCAACUGUUCUCGCUACGUCAUGCUCGCCCUAUAGACUACGUCCUAUUGACUUUCCUGUGUCCGUUGUGUAAACGCUGCGUGAUAUUUGAUUUAACUAUUACAAUAUUGCACGUUUAAUUAACCAGUAAUACUUAUGGGCACCCGUGGCGGAAUUAUUGAGGCUUCCUGUACGGGAGAAAGGACUGUAUUCAUCACAUGGCUGCAUGGUCGCCCUUAUUCAAUAAUAAUUCGCAAAUCAUUAUCCCGAAUGACAGGUGCCUGUCGGCUUUAUGAAACCGAAACUUGCGCAAGCGUACAUUGCAAUACGUACCUCAUAGUUUGAUGCAAUUACCAUCAACGGAGGAAAAUCGACGCAAGAAAUUUAUAAUAUAUUUCAAUACGCCUCACUUGUUCGAGUUCUAUACAAAGCCCGUCGCUUGUUGCAAGGGUGUCGACCUUAUUAAGCAAAAAAAAAUUUUUUUUCUAUAGAUGUAUCGAUAUCUCGAUGUUCAUUUUAACCUUCGCCAACAUCCUUGCCGAAAACUUUAUUUUCCUUCCCCUGUAAAACGGGGGUGGAUUCCUUCAAAAGCUCAAUAAAGCUUUUUGUCUAUUUAGCUUCCUUUCAAGCGACGACUGAAGGAACGUCGCAGUCAUUUAAAUGCAGAGCUAAGUAGGAACAUGAAGGCUAGUUCACGUUGGGUUUAUUCUGAUUCACGCGUGUGAAACAGAAGAAACAUGCGUGAAAAAAAAAAAAGAGGUAAGUUAUCGCAUCGCAGGUUUGGCGUCUAUGGCGCUCUGUAUGAGGUCUCGGGUUGGAUUCCCCGACGUGUUGGUUACAUUCCCAUUGAGACUCUUCUUGUUAGCGCUUGUGCUCUUGGACUUCUAGACCCGGGGUCUUCCGUACCUUGAUGUUUCCCAAAGCCUGUGCAUUAGACAUUCACUAUUUGACUCGACAUUGAAUAUAUAAAAAGGACCAAUGAAAAGAAUAUGUCUCCUGCAGAACGUUGCUUAUGCGGUUAAAAGUUCCACGAUGAUAUCUUGUUGCACGUUUCUCUCGUCUUUCCUUUGUGCCUUCGACCAUUUCCCGUGCUCCCAUGUCGUCGUCAUGCCUAAUUAACCGAGUGAUUUACGAAUAGGAAGUGUUUAUAUCGCAAUUAAGCGGACCACCGUUGUUGGCGAACAAAUCACGCUCUGCUCUUGCCCCGUUGCAAAAGUGAAUCGUGUGCUUCGUGAUGUUCAUAUUCUCGAUGUCGGUGCUGUUGAGAAUGCAUGGUUGUUGUUGUUUUCUUUUUUCUUGUACACUUUCUGGCUGCGAAAUAAAAAGGACAAAAGACGUGCUUGCGGUGUA